AUGUUGGCGACUGUCUUUAGACACAGAGGCCUCAAUUUAUCGGAGAAUAAGGACCUGCAUGACCUUAUUAGGUCAUUUGAAACAGUGAAGAAGCAGUCUCCUAAUACUCCAAACUGGAAUUUAGACGUGGUUCUUCAAUUCCUUGGAUCAUCUAGAUUUGAACCCCCUAGUUCAGCCUCGUUCAAAGACCUGACUAAGAAGACGCUGUUCCUGAUGGCUCUAGCUUCCGCCAAGAGGCAUGAUGAGGACACAUCAUUCCAGAAUAUCAUAGAAGAAUUGGACAAGUUAGAGUCUCCUCUGAAUACUUCCUGGGGGACAGUCAAAACCCUUUUCACAGUCAAGAAUAAUGAAAUGAAUGCCAACAUGUACCUUAAAAUUCACGAAAGGGCUCGGAAAGCGAGAGCUCACAAAUUUAUAAGUCAGCCUAUUUACCAAGCAUGUAAGAGUAUAUAUGGAAGGGAAGCAGACUUGAGUGAAACUCAGCAGCGUGUUUUACGUAAAUACAUGUUAGAAGCACGCUUGAAUGGGAUCGAGUUGCCUGCUGAGAAAUCAGAUCUUCUUGCAACUGUCCUGAAGAAGUUAGAGGACCACAAAUCCGAGUUUAAGAAAAAAGUUGUUGAGUCCACAAACAGAUUCUCAUAUCGAAUACAAGAUCCAUCAAUGGUGAGAGACUUUCCUGUUGAAUUGCUCGAAAAAAUGUGCCAAGACAGGGCAAGAUGUCAUCAAGGACCAUGGGAUGUGAGCCUUCACCCAGAUGUGUAUAAAGUGUUUCUAGAAUACUGCCCUGAUACUGACAUCAGACGUAACACUUACCGUGCUCACAACAUGAGAGCCUCCAACCACCUCAGUAAGGAUGUCAAUAAUAGUAUUCACAUAGAAGAAAUACGAUCUCUCAGGGGGGAUCAAGCUCGAGUUCUUGGGUACGAAAACUUUGCACAGAUGUCUAUGGAAACAAAGAUGGCCAGUAGUGUAGAUAAUGUUUUUUCCAUGAUCACCAGUUUGUUAGCAAAAGCAAGAACAGCUCAGGAAGAAGAAAUUGCUUCAUUACAAGAAUUUGCAGGGAGCAGGGGCUUUGACACACAGCUUGAAGCUUGGGAUGUGCCGUACUGGAGAAGGAAGCAGAAAAGGGUGCUCUUCAACUGUGAUGAAAACCAGAUUCGUGAGUUCUUCCCCUUUGAUCAUGUUUUUGAAGGCCUCCUAGAAUUGUGUUCAGAAUUGUUUGGUGUAUCUUUCCGAGAGAUUGACAGCAGUCUGGUAUCCACGUGGCAUCCAGAUGUCCGUUUCUUUCAGGUGUUGGAUUCCAGAGGAGAACACAUCUCAUCAUUUUAUUUAGACCCAUAUAAAAGACCUGGAGAAAAACUUCAUUCUUUAGGCUCUUCGUGGAUGUUAGGGCUCUGUAACCGUUCAGAUGUUGCCGGGACCACUCCUUUAGCGAAUCUGGUGUUCAACUUUUCACCACCUGAGUCAGAAGAGAAGCCUAGUUUGCUUACAUUUGCAGAGGUCAAUCAACUUUUCUUGAAGUUUGGCCAUGCUCUACAACACCUCCUAACAACAGUACCAUACAAUGAAGCAUCAGGGUUGACCAAUAUUGAGUGGGAUGCUGUAGAAGUGUGCUCAAACUUCAUGCAAAAUUGGUUACACGAACCCUCUGUUCUGGAACGGAUCAGUCGCCAUUAUGAAUCUGGUUUACCGUUGAGUGGAUCUAGCAUCACAGACAUCAUCGCUAGCCUCAACCACAUGUCAGGAUUUGAUCUCUGUAAAGAACUGUAUUAUUCCCAUUUAGAUAUGCAGCUAUACACAAGCAAAGAAUUCUGGUUGGACAUGAUGAGAGAUCUCUGGAAAACUUACAGA